AUGUUUAUAUUUUCACUAUUAAGUCUCCUUAUUUCAAUUGUAUAUCCAGUCAUUGCAUCAUGUAGAGCUUUUGAAGAUUAUACCCAAGCAGUAAAUAUACUUGCAUCACAAAAUUUAAAGAUUGGUGGCGUUACGGUUCCUCUUAAUUUAUUUUUCCUGCGAAUUGAUAAGGAAUCCGAUGGCAAUGACGUCAAUCAUGAAUUGGCUGUACAAAGACACUUAAUAUCACUUCAAAAAUGGUUUAUUUAUUGGAUAGUUCUUGCAGUUGUAUCAAUUGGGGAAAAUUUAUUGUUUUUAUCUUAUCUUAUUCCCGGAUAUUCAAUUCUAAAAUUAGGGUUUAAUGUUUGGUUGAUAAUCCCCAUGCUUUUGAUGGCAAAAGAAGAUGUUGAUACUACAGUUUCCACUUUUGACAAUACAGAGGCUUGGAGAAAGUUUACCCAAUCAGGGGCUGGGCUAUUGUUUUUUACUUAUAUUAAACCUUGGAUAGAGCAUCAUAUCGAAAUACUUCGGAAAGUUGAAAUUAAUCCAUUAGAAAUAAUAAAAUUAGCAAAUGUCAUGUCAUAUCUUGCUAAGUCCCAAGAAGUCCCACUCUCAACAUCAGGAGUAAAUGAAGAAACUAGCAUGCUAGAUAGCUCCUUUGUAAUGGUGAUGAAUAUGAAAAAUAAAUGGACGGGAAUGGGGAUAUCCUCUAGAGACAUUAGUGAUGAGAAAACUAAAGACGAUUUUGAUGUUAUCGAAGAUUCUGCUACGACUCAAGAAUCUAGUUCGAUAGAAGCAACCAAUCCAAGUAAUGCGAUAACCAGAAAGAGAGGUUAUUUCUGGUAG